AGAAACAUAAAGCGAUUCUGUAUGUCAGACUGUGGAUGUUUACAAAGAGUGUAUUGCAUUCAGGGCCGUCGCGAGGCAAGCCUUGUUGAAGGGGGUGGACUACAAAUUUACCUGAUUAAAAAAUUAUUGCCUGAAAUUCUUAAGUUGCUAUCACAAACCUCUGCAAUACAUUUAGUCAAUCUAACUGUAUAUAAUUCGCAAAUUAUUAUUUUUAGAUGAUGAUAACUGACUUUCCUAAUAGUUUUGUCAAAUCUGUAUAUUGGGAUGGGAAAGGAUAUAGUUACUACCCGAGGCGGUACCACGGUUGCCGCUGAAGGACUAGAAAAUUUUUGAACUUUGAUGCUUCCAGUUUCAUGGAAAAUGCACUCUCUUAGGCAAAUUUUACUAAAGCAAUGAUUCUAUUGAAAAUUCAUUUUUUGCAAAAAAAUUGAACAGCAGGUAAAAAACAACUGGUACAAUUUCGCCGUGGUCUAAUACCAUGCCGUCAGUUACCUUCAAAGGUAGGUAACAAGCAGCACUGGUUAUCAAGUAAAAUCCCUCUUUCCAUCUUAGCAUGCCUUUUGAAUGUUAAAAAAUCUGGAGCUCAUAGUGAAUUGCAGUUGACGCUUCUACUGAAAAAAUUAGGGGAAAUGGAAAUAAGGCACAAUUUUACCUAAAGAGGGGCUGGAUUUUUCGAUUUAGUGCCAACAACAAAUCUUCAAAUCAUUAGUUUGUUUACCUUCAUUCAUAUCAUGGAAUAUCAUAUUUAACCAACGGAGCAACUACCUUGGCUUGAUCAUUUAUUGAUUUUAUGACAGGAAGAUCUCUGAAAUACCUAAAGCGUUUCUUCCACCGAGCGGAUUUUACUGAAAAUUUCCCAUUUAAAUUCUUUUGGGGGUGUGUGUGUGACACCCCCCAGUCGUGCCACCCCUGGUUGCAAUUGAGUUUUUGGUAGCUGAGUCGAAAGCUGAUAGAUAGCUGAUAGAUAGCUGAUAGACAGCGUAACGUUUCUUUUGUCGAAAUAACAAAAAGAAACAUCUUUUUAUUCCCGAUUGUAUCCAUAGAAGCCUGAUAGCCGUCGUGGAAUUUGUUAUGAUGUUCUGCCGGUGGCAAUAGUUUACAUCCCUUCAAAUUAUAUAUAAUUUAUUUAGAAUAUCCUUUGGAAAUUAUAUGAAAGCAAUUAAUCUACGAAAGGUCAGCUUUUCCACUACUGACAAGGUUUACCCUGUAUAAAGGUUCCUAUUAUUCCUGUUGUCGAUGUCUAAAGGCGCUGGGCAGUGAAUCUGAAAGAUGCGUCAGCACUUCUUACAAGUGUUGUUCAGUGUUCUUGGGCUAUGCUUGGUAUUAGAGAUACUUCUUGUCACAAGAAACGCAAGUUUUCAUGAAUCAAGGCGUUGUUUAAACCAUCUUUGUGGGGCUUUUGGCAAAGGGAAAGAUGUGGAAUAUAGUUUUUCGUCUGACAUCGUCAGUAAAGGACUUCGUAUGGUUACAAAAGAUGAUCAACAAAGGGAAGAGACGCUGGACGGUAUUUCCAGAAACAUUACAGAUAAUGGUAUUAAGCAGUUAUCUGAAAACAGAACGAAGUCAAAAGAGGAAGAACAUGCCUCUGGUGCACGCGGUAAACAGAGGCGAAAAUUAGUUAUAAUUCUUGCACAAGGAAGAUCUGGAAGCAGUUUUUUUGCCGAGUUAUUUAAUCGCGACAAAAAUUCUUUCUAUCUUUUCGAACCCUUAUUGGUGGUCGAGAGGUCCAACAAAGUUAUACAUUUUGAACUAAGAAAUCAAAGUUUGCUUAGGAGUUUCAAAAACGAAUCGAGAGAACUUUUCAAAGGCUUGAUUACUUGCCAAGAAAAUACUCAGCUAGCAAAGUACAUGGAUAUUUACGACGAAUACGGGUCGCGUUCUCGCACUGCGGCAUUCGGAAGACCACCUUUUACUGACGAAAAACGAGCGUAUCGAAUCGACCACAAUAAAAUUUUAAAACUCUGCAGUAACUUAACAUCAUACACAGUGUUUAAAGAGCUCGAAUUCAGGCUGCCAGAUAUGAAGCUUGCCAUGCUAGUAGAGUUAUCAGAAGAACUCGGUGUCGACUUGAGAGUCGUGCAAUUGGUACGCGAUCCUAGGGCGUACCUUCAUUCGCAACUAAAGCUUGGAUGGUUUUUUAAGAACACAACUAUAAGAACCAGGCGAGCAGACGUUUAUAUGAAGAGUCGAUGCCUUGAAACGUUGAGAUAUGUUAAUGAUAUUGAAAAGAACAUGAAGAGAUAUAAGAGUAAAAUGCGAUAUACCCUUCUUCGUUAUGAGGAUCUUCUAACUAAGUCUGAUUCAAUGCUUCAAAAGGUGACUGAUGUAACGGGCAUAAACGUAUUCAACAAUUCCAUUGGUUGGUUUAGACAAAUCACAAAAGGUACAGGUAAGGGCGACGGCAACCGAUACCAAAAUGGACCAAGAAAUGCUGCUUUAAUUAAAGAUUCUUGGAGGCAAAAUAUUGAUGUCAAAAUAUUUGAGACGAUUCAAAGAGUCUGCAACAAAACAAUGGCAAGGCUCGGAUAUGUCCACAUUCACAAAAACUUCCUGAAGAAUAAAAGCAUUGCCAGCACUGGAGAUUUCUUACCUUUAGAUCUUUGAGUUAGAAAAAACUUAGUGACGAAUAGGAAGGUGCUAGGGGAACUAGAGAAAUAAUACGGUGAGUGGAAG